UGUCUCUUUUGUGAAGGAUACAAGUUUUGUGUCAGCCUUUAUACCCCUGGUGCCAGUGUGUGGGCAGCAGGGGUAUGGGAGGCUCCAGAACACUCUGAGGGCUGGGUAGUCAACACCCACACCCAUUCGUAGCUUCCCUGGCUGUAUCCUUGAUGGGUCUAUGCUGCCUACCUGGUGGCAAGGCCCUGCUGCUCCCUGCCCCUGUGUCUGGGUGUCCCACACUCUGGUCUCUGUGCUGAGCAGUGUUUUUGGCAGAAUCGAGUGACUGUUGCUGGGGCACUGCCUUCGGGGUGGCAGGUGGCACCAUGCAGGGUCCAGGUGGACAUUGUGGGUGAGACCCUGGGCAGCUAGUGCUCCAUUCCUCAUCUCACAGCCUUGUAGAAAUCCAGUGUCCCUGCCUGGUCUCAGCCUAGGAAGCAGCAAUGUGAGUUACAAGUUUCCAGAACCAGCAGCAGACCUGGCUCUGCAGCUCCCUGGCCUGGCCGCAUGUCCUGCCUUUGGCUUCUGGUUCUUGGACUCUGGGGGUCUAGGUGGGGCGGGAGGCCACAGGGUGCUGCAGCCUCGGGAGGAGCUGUGACCCCAGGGUGAGCAUACUACCGCAUGUCUGCGGCUGGAGCCAGGGCCCUUGCCAGCAGCAACUCUGGCCUUCCAGUAAGACUUUGAACCCGACGCAGGCUUCAGUGGCUGCCGUGGAUCGGAAGCCUGAGUGCUUUGGCUCGAGACAAUUAAAGACGUGGGAUGAGGCUCCAAGACAGGACGCGGUUCUGCCUGGGGAUUCUGAAGAUAAAAAGCUUUGAAAAGUCGAAUUCAUGGUCGUGGAAACCGAGCCCAUAUUAAGAAAUGUCAGGCGUCCGACCUCCGAUCAUGAAUGGGCCGCUGCAUCCGCGGCCCCUGGUGGCUCUACUUGACGGCCGGGACUGCACGGUAGAGAUGCCCAUCCUGAAGGACGUGGCCACUGUGGCCUUCUGUGAUGCACAGUCCACGCAGGAGAUCCAUGAGAAGGUGCUGAACGAGGCUGUGGGGGCCCUGAUGUACCACACCAUCACGCUGACCCGAGAGGACCUGGAGAAGUUCAAAGCCCUGCGGAUCAUCGUGCGUAUCGGCAGCGGCUUCGACAACAUCGACAUCAAGUCUGCUGGGGACUUAGGCAUUGCUGUAUGCAAUGUGCCAGCGGCGUCCGUGGAGGAGACUGCCGACUCGACGCUCUGCCACAUCCUGAACCUGUACCGGAGGACCACCUGGCUGCACCAGGCGCUGCGGGAGGGCACGCGGGUGCAGAGUGUUGAGCAGAUCCGUGAAGUGGCUUCUGGAGCUGCCAGGAUCCGUGGAGAGACCUUGGGCAUCAUUGGACUAGGUCGUGUGGGGCAGGCGGUGGCACUGCGGGCCAAGGCCUUUGGCUUCAACGUCCUCUUCUACGACCCAUACCUGUCUGACGGCGUGGAGCGCGCACUGGGCCUGCAGCGUGUAAGCACCCUGCAGGACCUGCUAUUCCAUAGCGACUGCGUCACCCUGCACUGCGGCCUCAAUGAGCACAACCACCACCUCAUCAACGACUUUACCGUUAAGCAGAUGAGACAAGGGGCCUUCUUGGUGAACACAGCCAGAGGUGGUCUGGUGGACGAGAAGGCCCUGGCCCAGGCCCUAAAGGAGGGCCGGAUCCGUGGUGCAGCCCUGGACGUGCACGAGUCAGAGCCCUUCAGCUUCAGCCAGGGCCCCCUGAAAGAUGCACCCAACCUCAUCUGCACCCCCCAUGCCGCAUGGUACAGCGAGCAGGCAUCCAUUGAGAUGCGUGAGGAGGCGGCCCGGGAGAUCCGGAGGGCCAUCACAGGACGGAUCCCAGACAGCCUGAAAAACUGUGUCAACAAGGAUCACCUGUCAACUGCCACCCACUGGGCCAGCAUGGACCCAGCUGUUGUGCACCCUGAGCUCAACGGGGCCGCCUACAGCAGGUACCCCCCAGGCGUGGUGGGCGUGGCCCCCACUGGCAUCCCGGCUGCAGUCGAAGGCAUUGUCCCCAGCGCCAUGUCCCUGUCCCAUGGCCUACCCCCUGUGGCCCACCCACCCCACGCUCCUUCUCCUGGCCAGACUGUCAAGCCCGAGGCGGACAGAGACCACGCAAGUGACCAGUUGUAGCCGUGAAGAGCUCCCCAGGCUAAGCACCUGGGCAGGGGCCUGCAACCCUUGGACUGGAGUGGGUGGAGGUGGCACCUUGUGGUGGCCGCAGCGCUCCAGAGACUGUCCGGCUGCACGGAAGGUGGGGCAGCAAUGCCCCCCCAACCCCGAGUCACUGUAGUUGUCCCGUCCUGUGGGCUGGCUGGCUGUCCUGUGUCCUUUGCGUUCCUCGUUAAGCAAAAGAAGUUAGUAGUUAAUUCUAUCAUGAAUGUUCUUGUCUGUGUACAGUUUUUAGAACAUUACAAAGGAUUUGUUUGCUUAGCUGUCAACAAAGAGAACCCUGAGGGAGCUCUCGGCAAGGGGGCUGAGCUGUGUCCCUUCCCAUCUAGGAGCAUCCGGGAGUGCGGCAGCUGGCAAACUUCUCAGGACAACAAAUCCUUCCCGUGCUUCUUUUUAUGCCACACAGUGCAUUGUUUUUCUACCUGCUUGUCUUAUUUUUAGAAUAAUUUAGAAAAACAAAAGCUGUUUUUCCUAAUUUUGGCAUGAACCCCCUUGCUCCAAAUAGAGACGGCAUCACAAGGCAGCUCAGAGAGGGGCGAGUGGGUGACGCGGGGUGCUGCUGCCAGCGUCUGUCCUGAGGGACGUGGAGGGCACAGCGUCCCCGCCUGCACCGGUGCCGUCCUGCUGAUGUGGUAGGCUAGCGAUAUUUUGGUUAAAUCAUGUUUGUGACUGUAACCAUUUGUAUGAAUUAUUUUAAAGAAAUAAAAAUCCCGGAAAGAG